AUGAAGAGCAACUUAGUGCUCUUUCGCAAGGUAUCAGCUCCCCCUACCACAUCAGGUACCGGCAUUCGCAAUGAAUACACAGACGAAGCCGUGCCUUAUCAAGAAAGUGACGCGGGGAUUAGUCCAGCAACCGACUUGACUUCAGGACCGGCGUUUGAAUCCCAAGUCAAGUCACUUCUUGAUAGGAACAACCCAACUAACAGCGCAAUAUUACGGGUCCCCGGUAACAGAAGCUCCACGGAAGCUGUAACGCAAUGGACGUCGGCGAGACCACUGGUCAGCGAUGAUGCCGUGCCGACUAUCCCAUCUUUAGAGGAGUCACAGCAUCUACUCGAUCGCUUUCUCUUCUACCUUGGCGUUAGCCAGCACUUUGUCGACCCUCGUACCUUUUCUGACAGCAUGGUGCUGCUCUUCCAUGACGAACAAACACAAGAACGCCAGAUGCACUCAAUCUGGUUCACCGAGUAUCUGCUCGUCAUGGCGAUGGCCAAGCUGAUGGAUGUAGAAGACCCUUCCUCCCAGCCCCCAGGCGCGAGUCUCUUUGCAGAAGCGAUGAGACGGCUGCCUCCGUUGCAUCAACUGGGCGAGGAAGGGGCGAUUGCUGUUGAGAUCCUAACACUCAUCGCCACCUAUCUCCAGUGGUGCGACCGGAAGCACGAUGCGUAUCUUUAUAUCGGCCUCGCUUUACGACUAGCUAUAGCCUUGGGCUGUGAUAAACCAGCGCGUGAACAACGCUGUCUGCCUUCAGAGACAGCUCAUCGUGUGAGGCUUUGGUGGACAGUGUACAUGCUGGACCGACGACUUUCUUCCGGCCUCGGAUUGGCCGCUGGCUCAGAUGAGCGACAGUUGCGCGCUGAGCUGCCUCGACAAGCCAUCGGGUUUCAGUCCCCCAUUGCUUUGGCUAUCAAUGUUCGCAUCGCGCGUGUCACGGACGAGAUCAUGUCGUCUCUAUAUGGCAAUACGUCCAUUACUCAAAUGGAGCUUGUCCACAAAAUCCAGAAGAUCCUUCAGGAUCUUUAUGAAACAGGCCGUUCCUUUCCCCCUGCUCUUGUUCUCGACUUUAAUCGUCCUCUGCAGACAGUAACACGGACAGGUGCAUCGCUCUAUCUGAUGUUGUUCCAGGCCAUUAUACUUUGUACUCGGCCAGUUCUUCUGCAACGUGUUCGUCGAGAGGUUCAGAUACAAAAUAGCCAACAGGUGCUGCAGCCUCUGCCAGCAGCGCUAGGCCGCCUGUGUGAGACGUGUAAUGAGGCCGCUACGAAAAGUCUAGCCAUUCUUCACGCACUCAAGCGCCAGCAGACCAUACCCCGAUAUGGCUUUUUCGAUCUGGAUGCUACGUUCUCCGGCGCCUUUGUCCUAGUCAUGAUGGGCCUCAUAGAUAAGACUCUGGACCAGCCUCCCCAAGCCUUAGACCAAGCAUUCGAUGUCCUUCGGUUCCUGUCUCGAGCUGGUAACCUAGCCGCCGAGCGCCGUUUACAAGACAUUACCCAUUCUUGUUUGCACGUAUGGCCAAACCAUAUUCUAGGAGGAGAUAAACAGCAAGGCGAACAAAUGGACAAAAGCUCACCGAGUGCAAUCAAUUUAUCUUCGCUCGGCCCCAGAGUAGAUGCAACGGGCCCUCACACAUCGGCUUCGGCCAUCCCUCCACAGCCACCACCUCAAUAUACGGCCGUGGCCACCGAAGGCUGGGAACAGGACCGGGAUGAAAGCCGGCUUCUGGAGACGUGGAUGCACCCGGAUACCGUGAAUGCGACGUUUGACAUGCAGGUGGACUGGGAUUUGGAUCUGGACCUUGCGGUGGAGGCCGAGGGGAUUUACUCCAGUUUCUUUGACCCGUCGCUGCCGCUGACCGGUGUGGAUCACUCGGAUUGGUUGGAGAUUGAAAAGAUCUUUAACGGACAGAAUGAUCCGUAG